UUUGUUUUUCAACAUUAAUACACUUUAUUGGUAUCAAAAAUACUCAUAUACGCUGGGGGGAUUCCGCGCGUAUUUAUGUACCAAAAUUUAACUUCAUUCUUAAAAUCUCAUAAAAAUUCAAAUAUCUCACCGUAUCUGACAAUAUCCGUAAGUAUUCACCGAUACCCACCAUGUAGGAUACUUCAAAUUUUGUCGAAUAUUUUGACAUUUUUAGAAUAUGGGUGAAUAUGAGAUAAUAAUGAAUGGUGGUGAAUUUUUGGCGCUGCAGACCUAUUUAUAAUAGGUGAAUUAUUGGGACAGCUUCUAAGCUGUCAUGGUAGUUGUUUGUUACAUGUGUGUAAGUUUUUGCAUUACAAAGCAAAAUUGAAAUGUGCCAUUUGCAAUGGAACGGUUCUGGCUAUAUAGAAGCUGUCAUAAUAAUUCACCACUUCUUCAUUCCCUGUUCUUGUCAAGUUCAACAUUGUCGGUAUUGCAGUUCAGAAAAUCUCAAAAUAUCUCCCAAAAAACGUAAAGUUGUGUUAACAUCUCUUGAAUUUGUUGAAAUCCCCCGAAUUUGUUCAUAUUUAUUCAUAUUUAAGAGCGCGGAAUCCCCCUAGCAUAUACGUAUUUCGGAAACAAUGCUUCCUUCUUCAGUGAGUUAGAUGAUGUUAGUUUGUUCUUUUGUGAUGAUGUUAGUUAUUUAAAAAUACACGUAAAUCACCAAAUUUCAUACAAUGGAAUUCUACAUCGAGAUAACCGAUAUCGUCAUGACGUAUUUGCCUUUUUGAAUGCAUUUUCCUUUGGAUUUGUUUUGCUACUUGUUUUGGUGUCGUUUAUCGGCUUCUUUUCAUGGCGAUGACUUGCAGCGAAAGUGAAACGUGAAACCAAAAUUGAUUUUCUCGCAUGAAGUGAAUUAUUUUGUGAAGCCAUAAAAACGCAUGCAACCAGACCAUGCCAAAAUACAAACCAGAAUAAUCGCCUUACAUUCAGUCUCUUAUUGAACUUCGGAUAUAUCGGUUUCAUUGCUUCUUUUACAAUGGUUGACGUUACUGGUGUUGCAAAGCGUGGAGGCUAUAGAUAUGAAGAUGGAACACGAUACAUCGGAGAUUGGAAUAACAGAGGUCAAAAGCACGGAAUGGGUUCGCUGAUUUUGGCAGAUGGAACGCGAUAUGAUGGAGCCUUUUUAAACGGCCUUUGCAAUAGAUUAGGUGUUAUGACUUUUUCGGACGGUGCAAAGUAUGAAGGUGAAUUUAUGAAAGGCUGGUUUCAUGGCCAUGGAAUAUUCUGGCGAACAGACGGUAUGAAGUUCGAAGGAGAAUUUCGUGGUGGGCGUAUCUGGGGACUAGGACUGGUGACAUUCAGUGAUCAUACACAUGGUUUUCCACGUAAUGAGGGCUUUUUCCAAGAUUGUCGCCUGAUUCGAAAGAAACGAUGCCCGGAAGUGGUCCAAAAAGCGCAAACAGUUGCCCUAAUGGCACGCGCGCAAUGUGAUACAUCUGGUAUUUGAUUCAACUUGAAACUCAAUACCAAAUAGGUACUCGUACAUGCCUUAUAUUUUAAUUUAAUUAAAAUAUUGAUUGCAAUGUGCUCUCAUGUAAACAAAAAAAGUAAUGAAUAAAGCAAUGUCAAAAUUUGAA